GAGCGAGCGGCUCUCCGUGGGAGGGAGGCGGGCGGGCUUGACUGACAGCGAGAGGGCUGGCUUUUCGGAAGGCUCUUAGCAACGGCCGGGGUCUGACCCUCCUCAGCCCCGAGAAAAUCGAAUCAGUGCACCCUUCUCCCAGGCGCUUAUAGCCUCAGCAGCGCGACGCCAAGGGGGCCUUCCUCCCUGCCUGUUUUUCACCUGCCGUCUCCCAUCUCGGGGCUCCUGGCUUCGCAGAAGUGCCUCUGGGGGGAGGGAAGAAACGACUGCCACCCAGCCCCCUAGCCGCCCCGGGGCUUCAGGCCUGAUUGUGAGUCCCGGUGCGUCGUUUCGUCCUUCUGAUAGGCGGGACUGAGAGGGGCCGUUCAGCCCCCGCCCGCCCCCGCCCCGGACCCGCGGGGGCUUUAUUCUAAGAGUCACAGGCGCGUGGCUGCUUUCCUCUCCGUUUGUAGGUGAACCCCCAGUGACUUCAUUGGCUCCUUGAUUUAAACCACGCCCGGCUCCCUGCCCGCUCUGCUGCUGCCGGGCCGGGCGGCCCAGCCCCGGGUGCAGAGAGCCGGGCGGCGGUUCUGCUGUGUGGAUGCCUCGCGUGUCUUCUCUUCUCUUCCAGAGAUGGCUAACAGGGGCCCGAGCUACGGCUUAAGCCGAGAGGUGCAGGAGAAGAUCGAGCAGAAGUACGACGCGGACCUGGAGAACAAGCUGGUGGACUGGAUCAUCCUGCAGUGCGCCGAGGACGUAGAGCACCCGCCCCCGGGCAGGGCCCAUUUUCAGAAAUGGUUGAUGGACGGAACGGUCUUGUGCAAGCUGAUAAACAGUUUAUACCCACCAGGACAAGAGCCCGUUCCCAAGAUCUCAGAGUCCAAGAUGGCUUUUAAGCAGAUGGAGCAGAUCUCCCAGUUCCUAAAAGCUGCGGAGAUCUAUGGCGUCAGGACCACCGACAUUUUUCAGACCGUGGAUCUAUGGGAAGGAAAGGACAUGGCGGCCGUGCAGAGGACCCUGAUGGCUCUGGGCAGCGUUGCUAUCACCAAGGAUGAUGGCUGUUACCGGGGAGAGCCGUCCUGGUUUCACAGGAAAGCCCAGCAGAAUCGGAGAGGAUUCUCCGAGGAGCAGCUCCGCCAGGGGCAGAGCGUAAUAGGCCUGCAGAUGGGCAGCAACAAGGGGGCCUCCCAGGCAGGCAUGACCGGCUACGGGACGCCCCGGCAGAUCAUGUGAGACGCGGGGCCCAGGCCUGCGGAGCGCGGAGGCGCCGCGUCGCGGCCUCCGCGGCGAAGACGCAGUCAGUCGCCGGGCCCUCUCCUCUCGAAGCCUCCUGCCCCUGCUGCGCUUCUGCUGCGAGUCCACGUUGCCUGCUGCCGCCUCCUGUCCAUCUAGAGCUAUGCAAAGACCCGCCUCCUCUUCCUCAGCUCCUUUGCCCCAGAAGCCUCCGUUCGUCUGAUUAUUUAUUUAUUUAUUUGCCAAAAAUUCCCCUCCUCAACUUACAGAACGCACCUAAUAAACAAAUCAGUCUUGUGUCUUCAAA